CAAAGUUUAGUUUUCACGAGGCGGUUUUCAAAGCAAGAUGCAAUUCCUCCGUUAUAACUUAUUGUGUUUUAUCGAAUUCAACAAUCGAAUUUAUCUUUUCUUCUGUUGAAUGUUUUAAAGUUUUGCAAAAGGAACCUUUUUUUGUUGCAUUUUAAAAGGUACACCAUGAAGAUAUUGGGAAUGUCAUUGACUCACAAUCUCCAAAUUCGUCUGUUAAACAAGUUUUUGAGAUAAAAGUGUACCUACAACAAAAAAGAAAGAAAGCUGAAUUCUUCCGGUUUUUAUUGUAUGUUCGCAAAGUGAAUUCCUUGUUUUUUUUUUAAAUUAUAUUUUGGGUACAUUUUGGCGCAAAUAUACGAAUGUAUUUGCCAACAAGGCUAAAUUUACUCAUCGUUUGUUAUUGCAUCAGACAAAAAGAAGCCCGUGUUUUUUUCGUUGUUUAAUACAAAUUUAAAGUGAACCAUCACACCUUUUUUUGUAAUUAUUUUUUCUGUUCCAUUUUUGUUUUUGAGGAAAACCCAAUUAAUCAAUUGAAAUUAGUGUACAUGUUUUGUUUCACCAGCUCAGCAGCGUGAGUAGGUGAUAUUAAGUUCAAAAGCGUGUUAAUAUUAAUUUGAACGUGAAUUAUAAGUACACAAAGUCUAAUAAUGCCGCGUCAAGUAGAUAACAACGUGGAGACAGUUCCACUGUCGGCUGAUAUGUUUGAUAGAAAUGGUGCCGCGAAUGCAUUGAGUGAAAGUAGAAAGACUGCACCGCUGAAGGAAUCCCCAUCAAGUGCGGCGGCAGAUGAUGACGACGAAGGCACUGAUAAGAUUGUACUCAAACGCAAGCUGACCUUGAUGAAUGGAGUGGCUAUCAUAGUUGGAACGAUUAUUGGUUCUGGGAUAUUUAUAUCACCUACUGGAGUCUUCUUUUAUACAGAGUCAGUUGGAACGUCACUAGUUGUAUGGACAUUGUGUGGAAUACUCUCAACCAUAGGUGCAUUAUGUUACGCUGAACUAGGUACGAGCAUCACAAGAUCCGGUGGUGAUUAUGCUUAUUUGUUAGUUGCAUUUGGUCCGUUGGUUGGAUUUCUACGAUUAUGGAUCGCACUACUGAUCAUUCGACCCACAACACAGACAAUCGUGGCUUUGACAUUUGCCCAAUAUGCAGCCAAACCAUUUUUUGAAGACUGUUCCCCACCUGAAUCGGCGGUUAAAAUCUUAGCUGCCAUUUGUUUAUGCUUUUUAACAGCGAUAAAUUGUCUGUCUGUGAAAUGGUCGAUGAAAAUUCAAGAUGUUUUCACUGCUGGAAAACUAAUCGCUUUGGUGAUGAUUAUUUUGGCGGGAUUAUAUUCAAUGGCAAUGGGAAGAAUGGAAAACUUCGACAAUCUAUGGGAAGGACAGUAUGGCGCAGCGAAUAUUGGUUUUGCUUUUUAUUCGGGAUUGUUUGCGUUUGGCGGUUGGAAUUAUUUGAAUUUUGUAACAGAAGAGUUACAAGAUCCAUACAAAAACCUACCUCGUGCUAUCUGGAUAGCUAUGCCACUUGUCACAGGAAUUUAUGUCCUCGUUAAUUUGGCCUACUUUGCUGUUGUCUCAAAGACUGAAAUGUUGAGCUCUUUUGCUGUCGCAGUGACUUUUGGUAAUCACGUAUUUGGACCAUUAGCUUUUAUGGUUCCAAUAUUUGUCGCCUUGAGCACCUUUGGAGGUGUAAAUGGAGUUUUGUUUACAUCGGCGAGACUUUUUGCAACAGGUGCCCAAGAGGGACAUCUACCAAAGUUUUUCUCACUUUUCCACACGAAGCAGCAGACACCGAUUCCGUCCUUAAUUUUUUCGUGCUGCAUGUCCUUGGUGAUGCUUUUGACUGCAGAUGUGUACAUACUCAUUAACUAUAUUAGCCAAAUUCUUUGGCUUUCAGUAGCUGCAAGUAUUGCUGGACUUUUAUGGAUGCGAAAAACCAAACCUGAUCUUCCUAGACCGAUUAAGGUCCAUUUGGCAUUGCCAAUCAUUUUUGUCGUAUGCUGUAUUGUACUCGUCCUAAUGCCAAGUUUCUCAGAGCCAAUGAAUCUUAUUGUUGGAAUUUCAAUCACAUUAGCUGGAAUUCCAUUUUACUAUGCUUGCAUUAAAUGGAAGAAUAAACCAAAAGUUUAUGGCAUGAUGUCGAAGGGAAUGGUUUCAUUCUGCCAAGCUAUGUUUAAUACUGUUUUUAUUGAGAGUCCUAGUUCUUAAUUUU